GUAGGCCACGGCGAGCAGCACAGAAAGCCCAGGCCACGAACCUGCGAGCCGACUUCGAGCGCACCGCGCCGAACUGGUCAGAGGGCACAUCGCAUCUUGAGGAUGACCUGCUCCGGAAGCCUUGGUCGUCCUCCGAGCUUCUUCAGUUCCCGAGGCGGGGCCGGCAGGGCUCGGCCGGCCUGGAUCCCAAGGUUUGUGUGGGUGAUUUGUGCCCGGAACACCGUCUGCGAGUCUGGGCGUAUCUGCGCCAGCUCAACCCGCACGAACCGUCUUUGGCUGCGAUUUUCGCAGCCAUGGAUGCAGUGCCUGGGAAGCAAAAGCUGCGGGUGAAGGAGCUCUUCGAAAGCUGUGACGUCGUGUCGGCCAUCGUUCAGUGGUGGCUGCGUCGGGACCGCCGUGAUGGACGGAGGGUGGGCACACGGCAGCCGGAGCGAAUAAUCGACGCAGCCUGCGGCCAUGGCUUGGUGGGAAUGCUGCUGUCACACUGCUUCCCCGACUCCGCUGUCUGUGCUGUGGACAGGGAGGAGCGAAAGCUGAUGCCAGUUGCGCUUUCUACUUGGGCGCAGCUUGGCCGGCACCUGGACAACUUUGAGUUUCGACUAGGCGAUCUUCACCAGGAGGGGUCGGCUUGGCUGGGAGGCUCUGAAGGCGCCAUCUCUCCGUCUCCGUCUACGCUCGUGGUCGCAGUGCAUGCCUGCAACCAAGCCACUUUGGAUGUGCUGGAUUUGGCCACGCAUUUCGGAACCUCCUGGGCAGUGGUACCCUGCUGCAUGCGCAAGCAGAAAUAUUUCCCAGGUCAUCACACUUGGAGCGCGACGAGCACUAUCCAGUGA